AUGGUGGUUGAAGUGGCUAAAUAUCUGGAGAGCCUGAGGGCGUUUCAGAAUCAGAUCGCUUCCAUCCAGAGAGACGCUGUGUGGUGGCUUCACACCGUGGUUCCUUCCAUCAGCAAAACUGGUGCUAAAGACUACGUUCACUGCCUCCACAAAGUGCUGUUCACAGAGCAACCUGAGACAUACUACAAGUGGGACAACUGGCCUCCGGAGGGUGACAGAAAUUUCUUCCUGCGCCUCUGCUCUGAGGUGCCUCUGCUGGAGGACACACUGAUGCGCAUCCUGGUGAUCGGGCUGUCACGUGACUUGCCGCUGGGCCCAGCAGAUGCCAUGGAGCUGGCGGAUCACCUGGUUAAAAGGGCUGCUGGAAGUCAGUCUGAUGAUCUGGAGGUCCUGAAGGUGGAAAGGAUCCAGCUCAUUGAUGCCGUGCUGAAUCUGUGUACAUACCACCACCCGGAGAACAUUCAGCUGCCUGCAGGGUACCAAGCUCCCAAUUUGGCCAUAUCUGCGUUGUAUUGGAAGGCAUGGCUGCUAAUUCUCGUGGUGGCAGCUUUUAAUCCUCAGAAAAUAGGUCUGGCUUCCUGGGACGGCUACCCUACACUGAAAAUGCUCAUGGAGAUGGUUAUGACAAAUAACUAUACCUACCCUCCCUGUACCGUUGCGGACGAGGACACGAAGACGGAGAUGAUCAACAGGGAGCUGCAGAUCUCCCAGAGAGAGAAACAGGAGAUCCUGGCCUUUGAGAGCCACCUGGCAGCAGCCUCCACCAAACAGACCAUCACAGAGAGCAACAGCUUGCUCCUGUCUCAGCUUACCAGUCUGGAUCCACAGGGUCCUCCUCGUCGACCCCCUCCUCAGAUCCAGGAGCAGGUGAAGACCCUGAACCAGUCUCUGCGUCUCGGACAUCUCCUCUGCCGCAGCCGCAACCCUGACUUCCUCCUCAACAUCAUCCAGAGACAGGCCUCCUCUCAGUCCAUGCCGUGGCUGGCUGAUCUGGUCCAGUCCAGUGAGGGCUCUCUGGACGUGCUUCCAGUGCAGUGCCUGUGUGAAUUCCUUCUGCAUGACGCAGCGGAUGACAGUCUGCCAAUAGAGGAUGACGAAGAGGGAGAGAGCAAAGAGCAGAAAGCCAAGAAGAGACAAAGACAGCAAAAGCAAAGGCAGCUGCUUGGACGGCUCCAGGAUCUUUUGUUGGGUCCUAAGGCCGACGAACAGACAACAUGCGAAGUGCUGGACUACUUUCUGCGCCGCCUCAGCUCUUCUCAGGUGGCAUCCAGAGUCCUAGCCAUGAAGGGUUUGUCGUUGGUGCUGAGUGAAGGAGGCUUGAAAGAUGGAGAUGAGCGGGAUCAGCCCAUGGAAGAAGAUUCUGCUGAUGCUGAGCUGUUGCCGGGAUACCAGUGGCUGCUACAGGACCUCCCAAAGCUCCCCUUGUUUGACAGCGUCAGAGGCAUGACGUCCACCGCCCUGCAGCAGGCUAUUCACAUGGAGACUGAUCCACAGACCAUCAGUGCCUAUCUCAUCUACCUAUCCCAGCAUGCACCAGUGGAGGAGCAGGCUUCUCAUAACGAUCUGGCUCUGGACGUCGCCCGGCUUAUCGUGGAGCGUUCCACCAUCAUGAACAGCCUGUUCUCUAAGCAUUCCUGCAGACCUGAGUCUAAUGCUGUGCUCAGUGCCUUCCUCACCAUCUUCUCCACAUACAUCAGGAGGAUGAGGAAGACCAAAGAGGGCGAGGAUCUCUACAGCUGGGUGAGCAUUAGGGCU